ACGCUCUGUAAAAAAACAUUUAGCAGCGUUCAUUGCAACACAGAUUAGAUUCGUCUACAGUCACUUCGCCUGUCAACAACUAUUUAAAACUUUUCAGCUAUUUUAGCGACUUUCUACAGCCAGUUAAAGUUUGUCGCCGUUACCUGUUUCUUUUCUCCAGUUCGGUGGAUUUAAUCAUAUUUAAAAUGGAUAGCGGAGACGGUGAGAUCAACGGUGCUAACCAAAAUGUGGGGCUAAGAUUUUGCCCACUGCUUCACUUAGUGGAGCAGUAUGAACAAUAUGACGCAGUACGUCAGGAGAUGAGUGUGCUCCGGGCUUGUAUAAUGGCUGGUUUUUUCGAUGAAGACAGACUGGAAACUGCAAUUCAAUUUUUUAAUGAUAUCCUAUGGCUCGGCAAUAUUCAGGCAGAUGCAGGAGUGGACCACAUUGCUCUUAGUAUGCUAGAAGCUGGCAUAGGAAUAAAUGUGGCAGCAGAAGGUCCCUGGGACAAUGAAGCGCUCCCUGUUCCAGCAGCUGACAUGGAAAACAACCUGGCUGAAGAUCCCUGGGACCACCGAGAUCUUCCUCUACAAGCAGCCAACGUGGACAUUAACCUGCCCCAGGAAGCAGACCAGUUGGCUGAUGAAAUGUGGUGGAUCUGGGAGAGUGACACUGACUCUGGGAGUGAAAAUGAAAGUGACAACGAACUGUCAGACACCACCUCUGAAAGUGAGGAUGACGAAAAUGAAGACACGGUGCCAUCGCCCUCUAUAUCAAAUUAUGCAGAAGCAGGACAGAAGAAAAGAAAACGAGAUGAUGAUGAAGAGGACAAUGGGAGAGACAGAAAAUGUGUCAAAACUAGUAAAAACUAAGAGAAUUGCGAUGCUCGACACUCAGCAUUGACCCCCCACCAAUUGUCCUGUUGGACACUCACUUUGCUGAUGUGAUUCUGUGUAAGCAGCACUUUUGCUGAUGUCUGUUUCAGGUGUAGCGAGGUUUAACUCUUUGUUAGUGCUGAGCAGUUUCAGAUGUUCUAAUAUGAAUUUUUCAAAGAAAUUACAUUCAUGAGAAAAAGAGAGGACUGCAUGCCACAAAUAAGAAAAAUACUGUGUAGGAGCUGCUCAGCACUGGCUGUUACUAAAAAGACACAAAAUAUUUGGAUGAUCAAAUUGUUUUGGAAAAAUAAACUGAGAAUCAAACCCAA